AUGUCCUCGUCCGGCCACGGGGGUGAUGCCAUGGACAUCACCUCCCCAUCCAGCAAGACUUCUCCCACGAACAACGAAACCAACGGCAAGCCCCCGGCACAGGCGCAAGCCAGCAACUCGUCGCCCCCCGAACAAGCUCCGUCCAGCUCCUCCAGCAUGCCAGCUCCUCCGCCUGCCGCUGCUGCCGUGCACCAGCCAAAGAUCGUCCAGACCGCCUUCAUCCAUAAGCUCUAUAAUAUGCUUGAGGAUAAUAGCAUUCAGCACUUGAUAUCAUGGUCUGCCAAUGCCGAGAGCUUCGUAAUGUCCCCUUCGGCCGACUUUUCCAAGGUCUUAUCACAAUACUUCAAACACACCAAUAUCUCAUCCUUUGUUCGCCAACUGAACAUGUAUGGAUUUCACAAGGAACGCGACGUAUUUCACACCGGAAAUCCAGAUACAACGCUGUGGGAGUUCAAGCAUGGGAACGGAAACUUCAAGCGGGGUGACCUGAUGGGUCUGCGCGAGAUCAAGCGCCGAGCCAGUCGACACGCGCUCGUGCACCGGGAAAGCAACUAUCCCAAGCAGUCUUCCUCUCAGCCCGGCACGCCAGCCGAGCCAGCUCCCCCACCAGCCGAAGGGUCGGAGGCGAGGCUGGCCCACCUCGAGCAUUCCCUCUAUGACCUGAGCAAUCGCCUUCAGCGCAGCGAAGAGAACGCGCACUAUAUGCAUGUCAAGAAUCAAGCUGCGAUGGACACUAUCACGCGGCUGCUCCACUUCAACCAGGAGCUUUCACGAGCAGUCCUCUCACUCGUGCCAGCUGAGAGCUCUGCACACCGUGAUGUUGUUGCAUUGCAAGGCGAGAUGCAGAGACAGUCCGACGUAAUGCGCACAUUUGACGAGUCGCAUGAAACGCCAUAUCCUAGUAGACAGCAGUACUUCGGCACAGUCGAAAACGCGCCUGUGUCGCCGAGGCAAUUGCCGCAGGAUGAUGCCAGGCGGCAGGGUGGUCUCACGGUGCCACAACCUCGAGGCCAGCCAAUGUACCGGCCAACGGUGCCGUCCAACCUGUCUAUCGGCGCGCGACGCUAUGGCUCCAUUGGCGGCGGGAGCACAACACAGUCGUCGCCCCUGCGCAACGCUGCGCCUCCGCCGCCCCCGGCACCGCACCCUCUUUCCAAUGUGGAACCACAUCCCGCCAGCCUCGGGCGACGGCAUACCGCUGCCGACAUCCGCGCACAUGGCUGGCAACCCGGUCCCUCUCCGUUCUCAGCAUCGAACCCACCGUCAGCCCCUUGGCCAUCAUCCCCAAGUCGCGUGCCUCAAGAGGAUCAAAGGUUACGCGAGUCCUUGUCCACAUACUCACUGCAGGCGGCGUCGCAUUCUCACUCGCAUUCUCGUCCAACCACGCCACCGCCGGCACCACACGUCACAAAUGGCGGAGGCAACAACGGAGCAGAUACCUUCGGCACGUGGUCAUGGGGGGCGGCCGUCAACAGAGACGGCAAAGGGUUAGGACUGAAGGAUUCAUCGGCACCCCCGACUCGGAGGGGGAGCAUGGCCCAUAUUUUGAACCCUAGCGACACGGCUGAACGAUCUGACGAGGAUGAGGAUCCCCGAGGAGACGACGAUCGGAAACGAAAACGGAUGCAAUAA